GGCGGGGGCGGGCAGCGGAGCCGCCGCGUCUGCGGGAGCCGCCGCCGCCCCGCCGGGCCGCGCCGGGCAGCGCCGGGAAGCGCAGCGGGGAGCGCUCGGGAGCAGCCGGCACCGCCGAGCGCGGCGGCAGCGGGCGGGAGGAGCCGCCGGCACCGGCAGAGCCGCGCCCCGGGCCCCGCCAGCGGCCGCCCCGCCCGGCCCCGGGGGUGGCGGGCCCGGCACGGCCCGGCCAUGCUCGGCCUGGACGUGUGCGAGGCCGGCGGGCAGCUGCUGGAGCUGCUCUGGCUGGCGCUGUGCUACCGAGACAUCAUGGCUGACAAGGAGGGGGUGACGCUAUCGCUGGAGGAGGAGGAGGAGGAUGCCGACGUGGCCCUGGCGUACAAGACGCCGGAGAAGAAGAGCCUGCAGGAGAUCCAGGAGCUGGACCCGGGGGAUGAGAGCCUGCGGAAGUACAAGCAGGCGCUGCUGGGUGCCAUCCCUGCUGCCGUGGAUGCCAGCGUGCCCAACGUGCAGGUGACAAGGCUGACACUGAUGUGUGAGCAGGCGCCGGGGCCCAUCACCAUGGACCUGACAGGUGAGCCCUGGGGACACCGGGGGAGGAGGAGGAGGAGGAGGAGGAGGAGGAAGGGAUACUGGGCUGAUGGAGCAUCUACCUGUGCAGGAGAUCUGGAAGAGCUGAGAGGCCAGGCCUUUGUGCUGAAGGAAGGGGUGGACUACAGAGUGAAGGUGUCCUUCAAGGUGAACCGGGAGAUCGUCUGCGGGCUGCGGUGCCUGCACCUCACCUACCGCCGGGGCCGGCCCGUGGAUCGCGACGUGUUCAUGGUGGGCAGCUACGCGCCGCGGGCCGAGGAGUACGAGGUGGUGACCCCGGCGGAGGAGGCGCCGCGGGGAUGGCUGGCGAGGGGCUCCUACCGCGUCCGCUCCCUCGUCACCGACGACGACAAGACGGAGCACCUCUCCUGGGAGUGGGGCCUGUGCAUAAAGAAGGCUUGGGAGGACUGAGCCCGCCGCAGCCCGGCUCCCCCCGCCAGCCCGGGGACGCGGCGCCGCCAUCCCGGGGAGCCCCCGCCGGCACCGCCGCGCCCGCCCCAGUCGCGUCAAGGGUUGAGGGGGGUUCCUUAGCGAGUGAGAGCCCGUGCUCGUGGUCUUCGCAACCAAAGUUAUUUUUAAUUGCUCUUUUUUUUUAAAAUAUCGACGCCCGCCUGAUCCUCACGGCGUCCCCAUCGCUGGGGCCGGGGCUGUGGCCCUGCCGCGGUGGCGCCGUGCCCGGUGCCCGCCCGGUCGCAGGCUGUGCUCUUCCAUCGCCAUUAAACCCUACAGACUGGUCUCUUA